GUAAAUAAAUGUAAGAAAGAAAAAAUAAAAAGUAUAAUAUCCUUUUAAGUGUGUUGGUGUUGCCUAUAAAUCCAACCCCGAACCAUCUCCCGUCUUUCUCAUCCUCGUCUCUCUCAUUCUUUCUCUCUCUUACCAAUUUCUCUCCCAUUUUCCCAGAAGAAAUAAUCUUAAAACUCUGCUUCAACCCACCAAUUGAAUCCCGAAUAUUUUGAUUCCAUACUUGUGUGUUGCAAAAUGACAAGAUAUGAUACAGUGGCGGUUUCUGAAUCGAAAAACCAAACAAGAAGCAUGAACAUGACCUCAAAUUUGGGUAUAUUAUCCCAAAAACCUCCUCCUGUUCCUUCCAAAUACAUCUCCAUUCCAAUGUGUGAGAGACAACUUCUCAAAGACCUUGAUAUUAAUGGAGGUUCCUGGGUCGAAUCCAUGAGAGCUUCUUCUCCUACUCAUUUGAAAUCCACUCCUUCUCUUAAUGCUUCUGAUUCUCUUUCCCUUAUUAAUCUGCAGCCUUCUGCAAUGGAUAUGUUCGAUCAGAUUAUCAAAGCAUCGAAAGGGAAACAGAUUGUAAUGUUUUUGGAUUAUGAUGGCACUCUUUCUCCUAUUGUUGAAGAUCCUGAUCGUGCUUUCAUGUCUGAUUCCAUGAGGAGAACAGUAAGGAAAUUAGCAAGAUAUUUUCCAACAGCAAUAGUGAGUGGAAGGUGCCGAGACAAAGUGUACGAUUUUGUGAAAUUAGCUGAAUUGUAUUAUGCUGGUAGUCAUGGCAUGGACAUUAAAGGCCCAGCUAAAGGCUCCAAACAUCUCAAGGGAAGUCAAGUUGUACUGUUUCAGCCAGCUAGUGAAUUUGUUCCCAUGAUUGAUGAGGUUUAUAAGACACUUUUGGAAAAAACUAAAUCCAUACUUGGAGCUAAGGUGGAGCACAACAAGUUUUGUCUGUCUGUGCAUUUCCGAUGUGUAGAUGAAAAGAAAUGGAAUGAACUAGCUCAUGAAGUGAGGUCAGUUCUAAAGGAAUACCCAAAGCUUAGACUCACUCAGGGUCGUAAGGUGUUGGAAAUCCGACCUACCAUCAAGUGGGAUAAAGGAAAGGCUCUAGAAUUUCUUUUGGAGUCACUUGGAUUGGCCAAUUGCACUGAUGUUUUCCCUGUUUAUAUUGGUGAUGAUCGCACCGAUGAAGAUGCAUUUAAGGUUUUGAGAGAAAGAGGACAAGGUUUCGGCAUACUUGUCUCAAAGAUUGCCAAGGAAACAAAUGCGUCUUAUUAUCUACAAGAGCCUUCUGAGGUUAUGAACUUUUUACAGCGAUUGGUAAAGUGGAGGCGAGUAUCUCUUAGAAGGCAAUUUAGGCUAUGAGGAUUUGCUAACUUUGCUUAGCAAUUAUUAAGUGUUUUAUGAAUUUCUUACCAUUUGGUUGUAUUCCCAAUCUGAAAAUUGUACAGAGAUGGGAUAAGGAUUUGCUACCUUUGCUUAGGUUAAUUUAGUAAAGAACUAAGCAAGAGGAAAGUGAAAGAAUAUAAUGUAAUUCUAGAAAAUUAACUGUAAAGAAAAGGCCCAUAAAAUGAGGGGCUGGGCCCAUCCCAAGAAAUUGGAUAUUAAAACGGCCAUAUAUAAUUGGCUACAAGGGUUAAUCAAGCAUAUGUACAUAAUCUUGUAACUAGAAAGUACCUGCAGGUUGCAUGGUAUGUAACUCAUUAAGGCUAUGGCAAGGAAUUUUAGUUGUAACCUUUUGGGUCAACUAUAUUUAUAUAUAUUCUUGCAAAUUUAGCCAUGAUUCAAUGUUUGAUUGGUAAUUUUGAUAAAUGACAAAUCAAAGAAUUUAA